AUGGUAAGAGCCAAAUCUCUUCCACAGCCGCCAAAAGACUUCCGUAAGUCCUUCUUCCCUAGCAAGGACUUCAAGAAGCUGUUGGAUCUACCAGUUCAGAAGCAGAGAGCUCCCUUACUGCUCAACUACAUCCCAACCUACAAAUUCGUUUUGCCCGACGUCCUGAAGAAGAAAAGCAAGUCUCCUCCUUCCGCCACAACUCUACUAGCAACUUCAUCACCUCGGCCAGAUCAGGCAUCAACUUCUAAUCUAGCUGAGCGACCAUCAACCUCGGCUCCACAUCUAAUCCUUCCAUCUCAACGGAAACGUCGACGCCAAACUACAAUCGCUGUCGAGAUAGGUCGCAAGAAAGUAGUUAUAGACGAUCUUCUGGCCGACAGCCCCGAUACUGUCAAUGCUCAACCUUCUCCAUCCCAGUCUAAACCAAAGCCAAAGCCCAAAAGACUGAAGAAGGCCCAGCCUAAGGCAAUGAAGGAGUUGGUCCAAAAGACGAAAGAGGCUGCCAAUUUGUCUAAGUCCCUUAACAAGGCUGAGUGCAAAAUGAAGGCCUUGAUAGAUCGGGCCGAGGUAGCCAAGAAAGCUCAGGAUGAGGCGCUUGUAAAGGCGGAUGCUGCAGAGGCCAUUGCCAAGGUCCUUGAGACCGAAAAGAAUGAGGCCCAAGAGAAAACUGCCGAGGCCCAGGCCGAGCUCCAGGUUGCCCUGACCACAAAAGAUGUCGAGAUCAAAGCAGCUGAUGAGAAGGCGUAUGCCGAGGGGGCAGCUGACGUCAAUGAGGAUUACAAGAAACAAGUGAAGCAGAAGUUGGCUGUCCCUGAGGACUCUCCCCUCAAAAAUGCUGGCGACCUCAUCCUGUCAUUCCCCUUUACUCCAAGCCAAUCCGAGGACGAGGUUGAGUCCGAGGAGGAAGAUGAGGCUGAGAAAAAAGAAGCUGCUGGGGCCAAGUCCCCUACUCUAAAUGAGCAAGUCCCGGACUUGUUUCAGGAUGAGGAGGAUGAGGUCUCAAAGGGUGCCUCUGCUGAGAAGACAUCAUUCGAGGCGUCUAUCACUGAGAAGAGCCUUGACCAGAUUCUUAAAGAGAUCGACGUCGAGCUCGCAGCUGAGAAAGUCGCCAGGAAGAGUUCCCAAAUGUCCUCUGAGCCCCAAUCCCAACCAGCUAAUGAUGUCGAAUAG